AUGUCCGUUCAAACCGGCCAGGAGCUCUAUCAUGAACUGGUUCCUUUGUAUUUUCGCUACAUUCAUAAUGUGGCCCAUACCAUGUUUCACGAAGCAAGCUUUAUGCGUCAACUACAUGAAGGCCAAGCACCACCCAUCUUGGUGUAUGCCAUGUACGCACUGGCUGCGAGGUUUUCCAACCACCCACACUACAAUGAUAUCGUCCGUGGUCAGCGGGGAAAGCUAGGUGCAUCCGCAGUGGAAACUCUUAUUCACCAAUUUAUCACCACGCCAAGCCUGGAAACGGUACAGGCCCUGAUAUUAAUCGGCUACUACUAUGGCGGGGAAGGCAACACGAAAGCCAAGCACAUCUACAGCGGACUCGCUAGGUUGCAUGCCGAAGCUUUGGGGAUGCCGGUCAUUCCAAAGGAUGCCACUAUAAUGCGCCAAGAAGAGUAUCGGCGCACUUGGCUCUCUGUCCAUAUUGCGAGUCAUUGGACGGCAACAGACAUGUCUAUCGAGUCGGUCUCAUUUACGCAUGGCCCAGAGUCCACACCUCUGGAAGUGGAUGAUGUGGCAUUUGCUAGUCUCGACCCAGUUCCAAUGCAAACACUUUCACCGUGCAAUAUGUGGGCGCAUAUGGCAAAGACGCUAGAAAUCUUCAACAAGACCAGUGCACUUCUCCGACGGCUAAGUCAAGGCCUGAUACCGUUUGAUGAUUAUUGCAUAGAAGCAACGCGGCUUGAAAAAAGUCUGGAUGAGUGGGAGAAAAACUUACCCCCGAAUCUACAAUACAACAUGGAAAAUAUUCUGUCUUGCGUCAAGAGUCGGCUUGGUCGAACGUUUCUAGCAAUGCACAUUGGUCGUCACCACUUCCGCCAAAUGCUCUUCUUCCCUUUCCUUGACGCACGCAGCAACCGAGAGACUUCGAGCUUUUCUCAAGGAGCAGCCAGAUGCAAGCAAAGUGCGAACACCGUCUCCGAAAUAAUAAAACAUAGCACAGAUAUUGAAGGCUGCGAUCUGAAUUAUUUCAUUUACGGCCACAUUGCUGUGAUAAGUUCCUGCGUUCACCUCCACGCGUUACUUUUCAGUGACAUUACCGAGGAACUUGCUAUGGCAAGACAAAGACUGGUCUCAAACUUCGAAUAUUUAAUGAGAAUCAAGUCAUAUUGGCCUGUUGUUGAUCAUUCUGUGGCACGACUACGCAAGUUUCAAAAUUCUUGCCAGGAUGCGAUAUCAGAUCCAUUUGUGCUUGAUAACUGGAUGUCCCGAUUCCUGACUGAGCAUUCAUCCGAUCUCUCUGAGCGCCAAAUGCCGAAAAUGCCACCUGAUGCGGGCAAAGAACGUACCAUAACACGUCAUGCGAGCGUAGUUAUCGAGCAUACUGCAGAAUAUCCACAGAUGCCUGGCACUUCCCAAACAAUGGACUAUAUACAACUUGGUCCUGGGGUGCCGGGCCUAUCUGACUUGUUACAUGACGAAAAAGUUACCAGCGAGGCUCUUGUUAAUCAUGCUAUUGAUUGGCUGCUGGAUUAA